AUGUCUACAUAUUUUGACACCCUCGCGAAAAAUUACACCGAAGUACCUGUUACUGAUGAAGGCAUCGCUACUGUGCCGUUUGCAGAGGCAACGGAUGGUGUCGUUAAGUUGUUUGAUUUGCUCGGCUCAGUUGCGUUUACCAUGGUUCAGAGUGAUAUGAAUGGAAAUCUAAAGAAAAUCAGGGAUCGUUAUGAGACUGAUACAGCAGCAAAUUCGACUUUGGAAAAGCUGGUCAUAAACGAAAAGGAUGAGAAGAAGAGGGUCGCUACCGAAGGAUUGCUGUGGCUUAUGCGUGGAUUAGAAUUCACUUCCGUGGCACUGCGUAGACUUUUAGACAAUCCUGAUGAAGAAUUGGGUACUGCAUUCACGAAAGCAUAUGGCGAAACAUUGAAGAAAUUCCAUGGAUUAAUAGCCAAAGGGGCAUUUACGGUUGCAAUGAAGGCAUGUCCAUUGCGCGAAGACUUUUUCAAAAAAUUGGGCGAAGACCAAGAGCGCGUUGUGGAAUUGUUUAAUGUAUGGUUGACUGCACUCGAAAAGCUGGUGGCGAGAUUGAAGACAUUCUACACUACGGGUGGACAUGACAAAGGAUUCUAA